UAAGGAAAUUUGCUUUACAUUGAAACAAGAUAGCUAUUACUUGUUCAUACUAACCUUCCAUUAGCCACCUUAUUUUUAUUGCUUCUAAAAUCUUUAAUGUAUUAUAUGAUAGUUCUUGAAGUUUAAUAAUAAAAGCCUUUUUUAACAAUAAUUGAAAAAUGAAUGGAGAAAUUUAAGCAUGAAAUGUCACUUAUAUAAAAAAAAACUACAGUGGUUGAUGGUUAACCCAUUCAACUCUAGUGGGACAUAUGUGUCCCGAUGAAUAUUUCUGGUUAAUCACUAAUGAAAUUACAAUUGAGACUUACAGGAAUACAUUUUAACAAAAAUGAACAUCAUUUACACAGGGGGAAAUUAUCCCUUCUUUUCUGGCUAAGGCCUUUGAUUUGUAACCAAUCUUAGUUUAAUAGAAUUAAUUUCUAAAAGAGAAACAGACAGAAUUGAAAUAGAAAACAGCUGGGUCAAAACAAUUAAUAUAUAUCAGAUGCUUCACAUAUGUACCACAUAUGACUUUUUGGACUAUAUAAUACCUAUAACUUCCUAUGUCUGGGGAUGACUGAACACAUUCUGACUCCUAUUGAAGACCAAAACCAGGAGACCCAAUGUUGAAAAUCAACCUUUCUUGCUUCUAUGAUUCAUCAAACUUGGCAUUCAAGGCUCUUAUACAACUUUAAUCUCGCAUUAUUUCACGGAAAUGAUGCGAGUGCUCGGUUAUUCGAGACUGAUCUCUAUUGGAAAUUUUCGUUUACCGAAUUUUCCAUUGGUUGCAGAAAUUCUUGUUUGGCUGGUGAAAAGAUUUGAUCCUGAUGCCGACAUACCUAAUGAACAUAACACCGAAGAAGAACGUAUUGUAUUAAUUCGUGCUAUUGCCGAAUUCAUGGCAAUAAAAACGAAUGUUAAGUUAAACACAAAGAAACUAUACCAAGCUGAUGGCUACGCUGUAAAAGAGUUAUUAAAAAUAACUACAUUAUUGUAUGAUGCUCAAAGCAACAGUAACAGCAAUAAUGUAAUAACCAAUGAUAACUUUAGUUUAACUAAUUUUGAUAUUUCUGAUAAAGUUAAUGAACUCAAAUCAACUAGACAGUUAGCUAGUCAGUUGACUGUGACUGGUGCAUCAUUGUUUGACUUAUUGGGACGUGAAGUUGAUCUUCGGGAAAUUCGUAACUCCAAAGUUGCUAGACAGUUUGAUACAUCAGAAAUUGAAAUGGCAUUAAAAAAUGUUAUCGAAAGUAUACGUAAAGAAAUUGAUGAUACCAAAAGACAGAUCGAUAAUGUGAAGGAUACAGAACAAAAUUUGGAUGUGAGAAUUGAAAGGCGUCGUGCAGAACUUGAUAGGAAUCAGAAAAGACUACAAACAUUAAAAAAAGUACGCCCAGCUUUUAUGGAAGAAUUUGAAAAACUGGAAGUAGAAUUAAGAUCUUUAUAUGACGAUUAUUUACAUAAAUUUCGAUAUCUUGCAUAUCUUGAGCAUUUAUAUGAAGAUACAGCUAAAGUAGAACAAGAAAGAUUUGAAAGGCGGCAAGAAGCAACACGAAAGCAGUUGGAAAAAAUGAGAGCAGAGGAUGCCAAUUUUGAAACCAUGAUGGAAGGAAACGAUUCUAUAUUAGCCACACAUCUUCAAGAACCUCCGCCUCCUCUCAGUGAUAUAGAGAAACAAAAUACUGAGAAAAGAACUCAGAGUAGUCGAUUAAAAUCAGCUGGCCGUGCAUCAAGAAUGCAAAUAUCACAACGUCGAAUUUAUGGCAGCAUGUCAGGGCGACAGAGGGGAACUAUUCAAGAGUCAAACGAUAGCGAGGGUUCUCUAGAUAGUGAUAGUGAUUUACUGAUCGAUGGUGAUCUCGAUGAUGAUGAUGAUGAAGACGACGAUAUUUUAGACUCUGUAAGAGGACCAGAAGUUGGAAAUUUUGAUUUAAAGGUUGGACAAGAAAAACGAGCCGUUAGUAAACUAGAUCAUUCAGACGAGGACUUUUAACCAUUAUAAAAACAACCACAAAAGCUUCAAAAUAUAUGUCAAUUUUAAUACGUCUAUUGUAGUAUAUAUACGUAUAUUUUUACAAUAACUAUAUGGAUAUUGGCUGAACUUUGUCUCAGGGGCCCAUUUCUUUUUUUUUUGGUUAAGGGUGCGCAGGAGAUAAACUGGCCCACCAACGGAGAGAUAACAAUGAAAAAAACAUUUAAUAGUUAUGCAUUUCGUAAUCAGGGGAAGUAAAUCUAUCGUCUCAUCAAGCGUUUUUUUUUUAAAUUGAAAACAAAAAAAAUUUCGUGCCUUUGAACGCAGUUUUAGCAUGUUUCAAAAGUGAAAUUGCAAAAUCUGUAACUAUCGCCCACAGCGGAAUGUUAUAAGGAGUUGUUUAAAAAAAAAAUCAGACGGAAAGGUCGCUUCCUCGCCUCAUGAGAUGUAAAUAACUGUUUGGAAAAUUACAAAUGUUUGACAUCA